GAUUGUUGCCAGAUCCAUGCCAGCACUGGCAGGAGAUCUAGAGGAGUUUGAUGUGGCAGCAGAGGCAAGGGGUCUGCGCAUUAACGAAAAUAAGACUGCCUACAUGAAGAGUAGCAGACGUCAUCCAUUUCAGAACAAUGAAACAAUAAGUAUCGGAGCCCAUAAUUUCUCAGUAUUUAGGGAGUUUGGCUUCUUGAUAAUAGAUGGUAACAGUAUUAAUGCUGAAAUUGGUGCCAGGAUAGCUGCAGGAAACCGAUGCUAUUUUGCCCUUCAGUGGAUACUUAAAUUCCGUGGUAUGUCAAGGAAGGCACGGGAAGUAAGUCAAGGAAAGUGUUGUAUAGACAACCAGGAGGAGGAAAAAGGAGAGGCAGGCCACCAUUCCGGUGGAUAGAUGACAUAGAGGCGAAUUUGAGACGACUUGGUGUCAGGCAGUGGAGAGCUGCCGCAGCAGAUCGAAAGGAGUGACUCAGGUCCCUCGUGGACUGUAGUGCCGAGGAAGAAGAAGCAAUAAAGUAAGAAACAUAUUUUUUUCGAAAAUUUAAAGAAUAAACAUUUUCCACUUUGGAUGUAACAUCAAUAAAUUGAUUUAAGUCAGUGGUAUUUCAAGUGAGAUAUUUCGCCAGCUUGAAAGAAUAGAGAAUGAUUCAACAGAAGGAGUGGAAGCUGUUGACAAACGAGGGGAGAUGCUUGUUCGUCUUCUUGACACUAAGAGCCUCGGUCAUGCUGCUGCUCAGGCUGCUAGGCCCUGGUUGCAGUCACAGGAUUCAAAACAUGUGAGGCUUGUUGAAAUCGUGAAGAGACCUGGGCAAACUCUAGGGCUUUAUAUCCGAGAAGGCAAUGGGCUUGAUAGGUCAGAUGGAGUUUUCAUAUCCAGGAUAGCCCUUGAAUCAUCUGUGUACAACAGUGGUUGUCUUAAGGUUGGAGAUGAAAUCUUGGCGGUCAAUUUUGUGGAUGUGACACGAAUGUCACUCGACGAUGUUGUUAUCAUCAUGUCUAUUCCUCGGCGCCUUGUUCUUGUUACAAGAGAAGGUGCCGAAUGCCCAGCUGGCCUACAACCUGGCUCCCACCAUAAACCACCUCCUGUAGUUGUUAUGAAGGGACAGAUUAAUUCAAGGUUUUUUUAUCCAUCCAUUUGCUCCUUCCUCAAGGCGCUAUUUUGAGCCCGAGAUGCAUCUCCUAGCCCAAGACCCACUGGAACCCAAUCUGAGUCAAGUUCCUCGGGACGACUCCAUGCAUCGAGGUCACACCUUGCCCUUGGAUUAGAGGGUAGAGGGGUGUCAAAUGGUGACCUUAGGAGUUCAACUUCUCAGUACCAGUACCAGCCUCCACCGACAGCUCAUUCUCACACGGUUAGUUGCUCUAUUCUCUAUAUAAUUUUGUUUAGUUAUUGAU